CGCGAAACUCACGACGGGCGACGUGGUCGCCAUCUAUGGUGCACAGGCGGGGCUGCCACCUGCUUCCUUUGCGAUAGGCACAGUCUGGCCGUCGCAGGACCUGUCACCGGACUCUAUUCUGGUCUCCCAAUCCUUGCUUUUGACAGCACAUAUUCAAUCUGGCGCGCACGUUCGGCUGUCUCCUCUCAGCCCAGCGCCGCAGACGUCGGGACUUCCAUCGCUCCGUGACGCCAUCGAGGUGAAAACGCUGAAGCUGAGGGAGAUAACGCAGGGCGGGAAGACCGCCUCCAAGGUAGCUUCUAGCGAUGGAAAGAGGGACUGGCUACCUUUGUUACUCCGCGAACAUCUAGUGGAUCUCAAAAUUAUCACCAACAAGCAGGUGCUCGAGGUCGUUUAUGAAGGCCGACUUCGCCGAUUCGCCGUGUCGUCUAUGGCGGCUGGCGCUACUUCCGACCCCGUGGACGCCAUUACCAAGGACCUGGGCGACAUAUCUAUUCAAUCGACACCGCGAUUAGGCUACAUCUCAUGGGACACAGUUGUCAGCAUAGGGCCAGCCGACCCUCCCGCGCACGCUGCACCA